AUGUUGAAAUAUAUCAAAAGUGGCGAUUUUGAACCACAAGAAUUUGUCGCGCAAUUUCCCGAAGAAUUAAAAAUCAUUGGCAACACGUCAUUUAACAACUGUGAUUUCCAUAAAAUCGAAUUUGGAGAAAAUGUCAAAUCAGUUGGUAACAAAGCAUUCAGUGAAAACAAAAAUUUGACUGAAAUUGUUUUUAAUGUGAAGGGAAAAAUACAAUUUGGUCAAAAACCAUUCAAUGGCGCUCAAUUGACUUCUGUGAUUUCAAAAAGAAGACCAGAAGAGUGGGAAAUCGAUUUUGGAGAAAGCGCGUUCAUGUAUAUGGUGCGGCUUAACACUUUCCCAUUUCCUAAAAAGGUCACUGCAUUUGGCAAUUUAUGCUUUGCAAAUUGCUUUAAUUUGAAAGACACAAUAAAUGUUUCUGGUGUUGGGGAAGUCGCUCAAUUCGCUCUUAAAGUCAUUCGAAAUGAAAGUUUUGAAAAUUGUAAAAAGCUUGUCAAGUUUGAAAUGCCAUUAUAUGUCAAUCAAAUUGGUUACCACGCUUUUAAGGAUUGUACUGCUUUACAGAACUUUAAAAUUAAUAAUAAUAUGAUUUUAUUGAGUAUGGGGUGUUUGUGUGGGUGUACACAACUACAGAGUAUCCAAGAUAUACCAAGAGAGUGUUUUAGUUAA